AUGUCACCUUAUGCCUCCGGUAAGGGUCCUAUCCCAUUCGGGAAUGCAUACUCCUGCCACGUAACCUACGACUACAUGAGAUUAGAUUUCGACGUGGAUGAAUUUCGCCAGCAUCUCGCUACAGUUCUUGAGGUGGCCAUAGGUAUAAAUACCUAUGUACCACCCGAAGAACGUACCGAGAUGACAACGAAAUAUCCACAAUCGAAACCUAAUCCUGUAGCCAUAGAUUACGUGACAACACUAUGCAUUACCAAACUGUCCAAAUAA